AUGCCGAUUUCAGAAGCUCCAGAAGGGAGGCUAAAGCAAUUUAAGUACCGAGGCAGAGAUGCAUCUGUGAGGCGGCAACAGCGGGUGACAGUCAGUCUGGUGCUCCGAAAGGCCAAGAAGCAUGAACAGGUCUUAAAGAGAAGAAAUAUCACUAGCUGCUCCUCCAGCCCAUCUUGCGAGACUCUGGCCAAAGGGGAGUUUCAGAGCGUCAGCCUCACCCUGGAUGAAAUAGUCAAUGGUGUGAAUGGAACAGACCCAGACCUAUGUUUCCAGGCCACCCAGGCAGUCAGGAAAAUACUGUCCAGGGAAAGGAACCCUCCCUUGAAACUGAUUGUUGACGCAGGGCUCGUGCCCCGGCUGGUGUUCUUCCUGAAGUCUUCCCUUUAUCCCGGCUUACAGCUGGAGGCAGCCUGGGCACUGACCAACAUUGCCUCGGGGCCCUCAGAGCUGACCCAAGCUGUGGUGGAAGGGGGUGCCAUCCAGCCCCUGGUUCAGCUUCUGACUUCGCCCAACAUGGUUGUGUGUGAACAGGCAGUAUGGGCCCUUGGUAAUAUAGCAGGUGACAGCACAGAAUUCAGAGACCUUGUUACUUCAAGCAAUGCCAUCCCACCUCUGCUGGCCCUGGUCUCGCCAACCAUACCUAUCACAUUUCUGCGGAACAUCACGUGGACAUUGUCCAACCUGUGCAGGAACAAGAACCCGUACCCUUGUGCUCAGGCCGUGAAGCAAAUGCUGCCUGUCCUCUUAAACCUCCUGCAGCACUGUGACACCGAGGUCCUCUCAGAUGCCUGCUGGGCCCUGUCCUACCUCACCGAUGGCUGCAAUGAGCGCAUUGACCUUGUGGUUGGCACGGGAGUCCUGCCCAGGCUGAUGGAGCUCAUGACCAGCUCGGAACUCAAUAUCUUGACCCCCUCUCUCCGCACGGUGGGCAACAUCGUCACAGGAACGGAUCAGCAGACACAGAUGGCUCUCGAUACGGGCAUGCUGAGUGUGCUCCCCCAGCUCCUGAGACACCCCAGAUCCUCCAUCCAGAAGGAGGCGACCUGGGCCCUGAGCAAUGUGGCUGCAGGACCCAGGCAGCACAUCCAACAGUUGAUUGAUCAAGGCAUACUGCCCAUCUUAGUGGCUGUACUGAAAAACGGAGAAUUUAAGGUCCAGAAAGAAGCUGUGUGGGCAGUGGCUAACUUCACCAAUGGAAGUACUGUGGACCAGUUGGUCCAGCUUGUCCAGUCUGGAGUCCUGGAACCACUGGUCGAUCUGCUCACUGUCCAAGAUCCCAAAAUUAUUGCCAUCAUACUUGAUACCAUUGCCUACAUUCUCCAGGUAGCAGAGAACCUUUGUGAGAAGGAGAAGGUCUGUAUUCUGCUGGAAGAUCUCGGUGCGAUUGAUAAAAUCGAGGCGCUGCAACUUCAUGAGAACCAUCAUGUUAGCCAGGUAGCUUUGAACAUCGUUGAGCACCACCUUUUGGAGAUUCUCCUUAGUCCUGAAGAUGAUUAA